AUGAGUCAUCGUUCUUACCAACCAACAUUACCUUGUGGCAAUAAACUAUUACAAAAACGCUGGGAUGAGGCGUAUUAUCAAGAACACAAGAGAAGAAUGGAGUUGGAGCGAACACAGAUAAUAGACAGAGAUAACAUGACAUUGCUGCAUAAAAUGCAGCAUAUUAUGAGCACCAAAGGAAGCGUGGACCAUUGGAAUACUUACCAACAUCACAGAUUGAGACAAGACCUGCUACUGCUGGUGCAUUACCGGUAUAGAGUUUAA